AGAAAAACCCGGUCUCGACUGUUACCACUUUUGUGGUCGGGUCGGAUCCGGAUUCACCCACAUAUACAAUUACCCAUCCAUCCAUUUCGAGUCUCGUCGUAUUCAAUUCAUAUUAUUUUUUUACACAUAUAGAUACAAAAUAUAUUGCAGGCAGACAAUCUUCCCCUUUUCAUCCUCCGCUUAACCCCUUUUUCCUCCCCAUCACCAAACCCUAACCCUAAUAUUCUCCAAUUCACCCUAGAUUUCUUCCGAUUCUGCACAAUUUCGUGAUCUCUGUUCUCCGCCUCUGUAAAAUUGGUUAGGGUGCAGAGGAAGGACAAACAUGGAUUCACAGGCGAACAAUCUCUACGAGACGGCGUCGCAGCCUGACACCGGGAACGAUGCCUACACCUUUCUGGAAUUCAACACCCAGGGCGAAGAGGACUUCGACUACCCUGAAUUUCAAGAGCUCUCGCAGCCAAUUCGCUCAUCUACCUCAGCCUGGCCCACACCCUCCGAUUCUAUUUCCCCCGCCGAGGCUCCUUCCUCCUCCGAACCCUCUCAGUCCGCUACUAAACCCCGCGGCGGCGGCACUGGCGGUGCAAAUAACAAUAAUAACAGCAAGGAGACCGGGGUGGUGGAGGCUUUGGCAGCGGGGAUGAGUGGCCUGAACUUUGAAGACACUGGCGGCGAUGACGAGGUGUUCGAUUAUGGCAAGGGGGACUUUACUGAGCAUGCUUGCAGGUAUUGUGGGGUCACAAACCCAGCUUGUGUGGUGCGCUGCAAUGUGCCGUCCUGUAGGAAGUGGUUUUGUAACUCACGAGGCAAUACUUCUGGUUCUCACAUUGUCAAUCAUCUGGUGAGAGCAAAGCAUAAGGAAGUUUGUCUUCACAAAGAUAGUCCCCUGGGAGAAACAAUUCUUGAGUGUUAUAACUGUGGUUGUCGAAAUGUUUUCCUUCUUGGAUUCAUAUCCGCAAAGACAGAAAGCGUUGUUGUUCUGCUUUGUAGGGAACCUUGUCUUAGUGUUAAUGCAUUGAAGGACAUGAACUGGGACUUGAGCCAGUGGUGUCCACUUAUUGAUGAUAGAUGUUUCUUGCAGUGGUUACUGAAGGUCCCGUCUGAGCAAGAACAGUUGAGGGCUCGACAAAUUAGUGCCCAGCAGAUAAAUAAAAUAGAAGAACUUUGGAAGUCAAAUCCUGAUGCUUCCUUGGAAGAUCUUGAGAAGCCUGGGGUGGAUGAUGAGCCUCAACCUGUAGCUUUGAAGUAUGAAGAUGCUUAUCAGUAUCAAAAUGUUUUUGCACCAUUGAUCAAGCUUGAAGCAGACUACGAUAAGAUGAUGAAAGAGUCUCAAAGCAAAGAUAGUAUCACUAUUCGAUGGGAUAUCGGUCUUAACAAGAAGCGAAUUGCUUAUUUCGUCUUUCCUAAGGAAGAUAAUGAGUUACGCCUUGUACCGGGUGAUGAACUACGACUGCGUUAUUCAGGUGAUGCAGUUCAUCCCUCGUGGCAGUCAGUGGGUCAUGUGAUAAAACUGACAGCACAAGAGGAGGUUGCUCUUGAGCUUGGUGCCAGUCAGGGUGUUCCUGUUGAUUUGACCCAUGGUUUUAGCGUCGACUUUGUUUGGAAGAGCACGAGUUUUGAUCGGAUGCAAGGGGCCAUGAAAACAUUUGCUGUGGAUGAAACCAGUGUCAGUGGGUACAUUUAUCAUCAUCUGCUUGGGCAUGAAGUUGAGAUGCAGAUGGUUCGUAAUACAUUGCCCCGCCGUUUUGGUGCUCCGGGUCUUCCAGAACUCAAUGCAUCUCAAGUCUUUGCUGUCAAAAGUGUCCUGCAAAAGCCUAUAAGCCUAAUCCAAGGUCCACCCGGAACGGGUAAAACUGUGACAUCUGCUGCAAUUGUGUAUCACAUGGCAAAACAAGGCCAGGGACAGGUUUUGGUUUGUGCUCCAAGUAAUGUGGCUGUAGACCAGCUAGCUGAAAAGAUAAGCGCCACUGGUUUAAAGGUUGUCAGACUUUGUGCUAAAUCAAGGGAAGCUGUUAGUUCUCCUGUGGAGCACUUAACCUUGCACUAUCAGGUUAGACAUCUCGAUACAUCUGAAAAGAGUGAACUUCACAAGUUACAGCAGCUGAAAGAUGAACAAGGAGAGUUAUCUAGUAGUGACGAGAAAAAAUAUAAAGCGCUCAAGCGUGCAACUGAACGGGAGAUAUCUCAGAGUGCUGAUGUCAUCUGUUGUACAUGCGUUGGGGCUGGGGAUCCCCGGCUAGCAAAUUUUAGGUUCCGCCAGGUUCUUAUUGACGAAUCUACUCAAGCAACCGAGCCUGAGUGUCUUAUCCCUCUGGUUCUUGGAGUGAAACAGGUUGUUCUUCUGGGAGACCACUGCCAGCUUGGUCCGGUCAUUAUGUGCAAGAAAGCUGCCCGGGCUGGUUUAGCCCAAUCUCUGUUUGAACGACUUGUGCUGCUUGGUGUGAAACCAAUUAGAUUGCAGGUUCAAUAUAGGAUGCAUCCAGCUCUUUCAGAGUUUCCAUCUAACAGCUUUUAUGAAGGUACUCUUCAAAAUGGAGUGACCAUAAACGAAAGGCAAUCACCCGGCAUUGAUUUCCCCUGGCCAGUACCAAACCGUCCUAUGUUCUUCUAUGUACAGAUGGGACAAGAGGAGAUAAGUGCUAGUGGAACAUCAUACCUAAAUAGGACUGAGGCUGCAAAUGUUGAGAAAAUUGUGACUACAUUUUUGAAAAGUGGUGUUGUUCCUAGUCAGAUUGGUGUUAUAACACCUUAUGAAGGUCAGAGAGCAUACAUUGUGAAUUAUAUGUCCCGAAAUGGUGCUUUACGUCAGCAACUAUACAAAGAAAUUGAGGUAGCAAGUGUAGAUUCAUUCCAGGGAAGGGAAAAAGACUAUAUAAUUUUGUCUUGCGUGAGGAGUAAUGAACAUCAGGGCAUUGGUUUCCUCAAUGAUCCACGCCGGCUUAAUGUUGCUCUCACGCGUGCUCGAUAUGGUAUCGUUAUCUUGGGAAAUCCUAAAGUUCUAAGCAAGCAGCCUCUAUGGAAUGGCUUAUUAACACACUUUAAGGAACAUGAAUGCUUGGUUGAAGGACCUCUGAGCAACCUGAAGCAGAGUAUGGUUCAAUUUCAGAAGCCUAAAAAGAUAUAUAAUGAUCGCAGACUUUUCUAUGGUGGUGGACCAGGAAUUGUUCCCAGUGAUGCAUUUGGUGCCUCAAGCUCAAACACUGAUAGGAGGGGUCCUCGCUCUAGGGCAGGUCCUUACAUGCCUACUGGCCACCCAUCACGUUCAGGGUCUGCUAAAGUUCAACCUUCGUUUUGCCUUUCAUAUGUAAUGUUAAGACCUUUAUUAUUACAGGAGUAUAUGGCCCAUGGGUCGCAAGGAUUAUUUACGCAGGCUCCAUACAAUGAUCAAUCUCAAGAUGAUGCUUCUCAGAACCAUUUUGGUGCAAGUCAACUUCAGUCACAGAGUUUGCUGAACCCCCUAUACUCGCAGCCUUUUGCUCACUACAACUCACAGCCGAUAAAUGUACAAAAUCCUCAGCAACAUCAUUCGUCCCAGCAGGCUCAAGGUUCCCAAAAUCACUACAAUGGUUGAGUAUGUGACGGGUAAUUGUCUUUGCAUUUCAGCAAUCUGGUUAGUGCUGUCAUGAGUGGCUGUAUUAUCUUCCCGUAAAGAGAUAUGGUUCUAGAGUUUGCCAAAGGUUGAUUAAUGACACAACACUUUUUGAGGAUGAUGAUUUUGAAACACAACUAAGAAGAGGUUAGUUUGAUUGAAAAACAAGGGUUCUCAGUUUGAGGCAAAUUACUCGGCUGCACAACUAGAGCUGAGGAGAAAGAUAAACCCCCGAUGAUGUUGAGAGUUGAGAGAGAGAAUUUACACGGCAUAUGGUGUUGUCAGCACAGGCUCCAGGAACUGAUUCGGUUACUUGGAUUUUAAGUGGUGUGUGUGUAUAAAAUGGUAGAGCAGCCACUGCUGUAAAGUUUUAUACGGCAAUUCCCCCGUGCAGUUCUUGUCUCAUCUCUCCUGACAUGUAAUUAUUCUCUUAUAAUAUUUUUUUUAAUGUCGGAUAUGCGACUGUAAUCUUAAAUCUCAGCGAUUGCAACUAGUAUACUACUGUGAUUUGCUAGGCAUGUGUGAUAAGCGUUUUGUUUGCUCGUGAAUCAUUAUAAUGAGUUCACAUGGUAUUUUAUUUGGUUUUGAAUCCUUCCUAGUUGAGUUUA